AUGAAAAGAAAGGGGGUCGCCCGUUUCGCGCUAGGGUCACAGUCGUUCCUGGAUUUUAUUGAGGAUGCUGAGUUGACAGAUUUGGGGUUCACUAGGUCUCAGUUUACCUGGUGUAACAAUCAUUGGGGCAAAGCCAGAGUUUGGAAAUGUCUGGAUAGGAUACUCGUAAACCAGCAGUGCUUGAGUUUAGAGGUGAACACGGAACAUGAGGAAAAGGUCUUGGCACUGGAAUAUUCCUUGGAGGAGGGGUCAUAUGAGGAGGGGCAACUUCAGCUUGCCCAGGCCCAAGGUGAACUUAAGGAGUCUCUGCUGCGGGAGGUGGCCUACUGGCGUCAAAAGGCAUGCCUUCGGUGGCUUCAGGAGGGGGAUGCCAACUCUAAGUUUUUUCACGCACAGGUAAAGCAGCGGAGGGCUCGCACAUUUAUACAUCGAAUGAAGGACGGCAAUGAGGUUUGGACGGAAGAGGCUGGUAGGAUUCAGGAUAUGGCAACUGCUUUCUUUGAGGACAUGUUGUCACAGCCUGGCCAGGUGCAGGUGGAUCCAUCGCUGUUAAGUGUGAUCCCUUCGAUUGUUUCUGAGCAGGAUAACCUGGCAUUUCAACGGUUCCCUAUGGAGGAGGAAAUAAAGACAGUUAUUUUUCAGAUGGAUGGUGACAGUAGUUCGGGUCCAGAUGGCUUUAAGGGGAGUGGAGCUGCUUUGGGGGCAUACAUCUAUGGGUUGGUCCUGGUCCCCAAGAUUCCUGGGGCACUCUCUUUCUCAGAUUUUCGCCCAAUCAGCCUGUGUAAUUUUGUCAACAAGAUCAUAUCCAAGCUAUCGGCGAGGCGAUUGGAAAGUGUGUUGCCGAAGAUAAUAUCCCCGCAGCAGAGUGGCUUUGCAAAGGGUCGACAGAUCUCGGAUAAUAUUUUGCUGGCAUUAGAGAUGUGUUCAACUCUAGGGAAGAAGGAAGUUAUGUGGAUUUUUUCGGUCUUCUCGGGGUUUACAUCAAGGGAUCCGUUAUCACCGGCUUUAUUUAUCAUUACGGCGGAGGUGUUGUCUAGGCGCUUGAAUGACUUAUCGGGUGAUUCGAGAUUUGUCCCGUUCUUUGUGACGCGGGACUCUCUAGCGCUGACACAUCUUGUCUAUGCUGAUGACAUUAUCAUCUUCUGCAACGGUGGUAAACGUUCCCUAGGGUGUCAUGCAGGUGUUAGAGGGUUACCAGGAGAUAUCAGGGCAGCUGGUGAACGUGGUGAAGAGUUGUUUCUUGAUUGCUUCCUAUCAUGGUCGGUGGUUAUCAAUGAGUACUCGGCUUUACUUAUCAAGCAUGUACUGUCGUCCAUGCCAAUUCAUAUUGUGGCAGUCUUGGAGCCCCCAAGAGGGGUUGUCUCCGACCUAGAGCAGUUGUUUGCGAGGUUCUUUUGGGAAGAGUCGGAGUUUGGUGCUAAGCGGCACUGGGUGAAAUGGGAGAAAUUAUGCUUUCUGGUGGAGAAAGGCGGGGUCAAUUUUCGGUCCCUUCAGGCGAUCGUUGAAGCAUUCUCCUGUAAACUAUGGUGGAUGUUUAGACGUGGCCAAUCUCUCUGGGCACAAUUCAUAAGGGCCAGGUAUUUUGGAUCCCUGCAUCCAAAUCAAGGACCUAUUUCUGCUCAGUUGUCUGCUAGUUGCAAACGUAUAAUUCGGGUCCGCUCAACCAUGGAGCAUUGGUUGAAGUGGGAUCUCUCGAGGGGGGAGGUGGCUUUUUGGUGGAUAACGGGAGUGGGCUGGGCCCUUUGGCAUGGAGGUAUCCAGAGUUGGCGUCAGAUGUGA